AUGGGAGAGAGACGCGUGAAUCCGCCAUUGGACGAUGACGGCUACGAAAGUGUGGAGAGCAUGGGUUCUGAAGAUGAGUUUGACGAUAACCAAUACGGCACGAUGGCCAGGUUCGUUCCGACCUUGGUGCUAGAGAGACUCCGAGCUGUUGGGCAAGCUGCUGCCGUGCCCAAAAAGUCGAUCUCGGGAGGCGUGGACGCAGCGGUAGCGGCGGACGACGCAGUGGAAGACAUCAACUCGCCGAAGGCGCACGAGCUUGACGCUGCCGUGAUGGUGGUGGACGUCUCGGGGUUCUCGGGCAUGUGCGAACGCUUCGCGCAAGGCUUUGUGCCCGACGGCGGCUGGAGGCAAAGGAUGAAGGCUUCGGGCGAAGGAUGCAGGUAA